AUGUCCCACGAGCUUCGCAUAGCUGCUCAAAGAUGCCUCGAACAAUUCAAGCUACUAAUCGAAAUCAGCGAGGAGCUAGACCCCGCCAGCGAGGAUUCUAAUGAUACUUACGGUGCCAGUUGGAUUGAGGAGCAGUAUGUGAGGUUCAAGGUAUGGGCUGGCAAUAUAGGAGUUUUUGCUGAAGGACGUGCAUCACUCGAUUACCGCCUUCGUGAUACCAUCAGCACACAGAAGUUCAUGCUGCAGUUCCUUAUCGCUCUGGAAGAUUUCAUACACAGAGGCAAGUGA